AUAAGGUUGAUAAAAUUAUUAACUACUAAACCGGAAUUUCCCCAAGGCUAUUAUUUUAAGUGGCUAGCCUUUAAUCGGGAUAAUCCUAGCGAACGAGUAUUAUUUGAUAACCAUCAUGGAAAAGGACCUCACUAUCACGAAAAUGACGAAAAAAUAGAAGUAGCGGAGCCGCAUGUAGUUCGCUCCAGUAGCAUUGAAGCCCUUUCAACUAACAUGACCAAAAAUCGCUUAUUAAUAUUUGCGACCUUGGUGGAAAAAAAGCCCGCCAAUUUAACCGAAUUAGCUCAUUUAUUACAAAAAGAUUAUGCCUUG